UUUCAAAAUGUCAGACACCCUCGCCUACGUUCUAAGAGAAUACGAAAUAUUCACUCAAGAACAAGAAGCCCUCAGACUAGUACAUUCUUACUUCCUAGAGCACUCCAAAAUUACUACGUUUGGGAUCUACGAUGACGAAGACUGCGAGCAAGAGAUGCUAGAUAUGUCUAGGGAUGAGAAGUUGAUUCGUAAAUAAGUUGGCAGUACAGUUUCCGAAGUAUUACGGAAUUCCUCAUUGUACCCAGCUCAGCUACGCAAAAGGAUCCAAAAGAAAAGCAUUGUAUCAUAAGUAUCUAAAAAUGAUGCAUGCCAAUAAACCCAAAGUAUUGAAAUUAGGGUUUAAAAGACAAAGACAAGAGGAUGGUUCCUUCUCCAUCCAGAGACCUAUUCUGAUGAAAAGUAUCAGCCUGGUUGAUAAUUUGAGCCUGCUAAAUACUGUGGAGCUUAAUAAUCUUAACCUUCCAACCAAACAAUUGACCCUGGUGUUCAUGGGUAACAGACAUAUCGGAAAGUUAUUAUUCGUCAAAUGCAUUUUAGGAGAUAUUGAUAGCAAGAAGUUUAUCAUUCCAGAGUCUGUGCUAGACACGCUUGUUUUUGAUUUGUGUACAUCUAUGUCCACAGAAACAUUUCUGGGGUUUGCAUUCUUUGAGAAUUUGUUCCACAUUCUCGGUACUCCCAAAGUAUUCAGAUACUUUAAAUUUCUGAAAAUAUUCCUGGCAUGUGUAAAUGAUACUAAAAUACGAGAACUUAGGAGUUCAAACUGUCUAGAACAUGUGGCUAUCACCUUAAUCGACAACAACUGCAGAAUGAUCUCAAUCCCACCCUACUACUAAUACCUCUAUUCAAUUCUUUUAAA